GUAGAGUCGGGAAGGUGCAGGAUAUAUGGAAACUGUAUUACAUAAGUCAACCACGGCCGGAUGCAAGUGUCUACCACGUGACAACGCUGCCGCGCGAACGCUUUUCUUUCAUGACUUACUUAUGUACAUCCGUUCAAAGUACCGAUGUACCGUUUCUUAUCACGUCAAUCCAGGUUCCCGGCCAAUACCUCUAACUAAGACAAUCGCCGCCCAAAACCCCAUCAUAUUACCAAUUAGUCAACUUCAUUCGCCUCAUCCCAUCACGAUACUUUUCUCUUUUUUCUCCUAAUCCUUUACGAAUCGCCCCUUCGAUAUUCAAACAAGCCGGCACUUGCUUACAGAAAUCUCAUCUCUAGAGAUUACCCAACUAGACCAUCCUCAUCCCAAACCCUUCCAGGUCAGAUCAAGAUGUCGACCGCUGCCCGCCGUCGCUUAAUGCGAGACUUCAAGCGCAUGCAAACCGACCCUCCCGCUGGCGUCUCUGCUUCUCCUGUUCCCGACAAUGUUAUGACUUGGAACGCUGUCAUCAUUGGCCCUGCCGACACCCCGUUUGAAGAUGGAACCUUCCGACUUGUCAUGCACUUCGAAGAACAAUACCCGAACAAGCCGCCCGCCGUUAAAUUCAUCAGCCAGAUGUUCCACCCUAACGUCUAUGCCACAGGCGAGCUGUGUCUAGAUAUCCUCCAGAAUCGAUGGAGUCCCACGUACGAUGUUGCGGCCGUCUUAACAAGCAUUCAAAGUCUACUCAACGACCCCAACACCGGUUCCCCUGCGAACGUGGAGGCGUCCAACCUGUACAAGGAUAACCGAAAGGAGUACACUAAGAGAGUUCGCGAGACGGUAGAGAAGAGCUGGGAAGAUUAAGUUACCCCGCUAGAUCAUCGGAAUCCAAUAUCAACUAUUGGCUUAGCGCAAAUGGUAAUCAUCUCAACUAGAUUCUACACGCGCUGGGCAUGGGUUUCUGGCCAGAUUAUUCACAAACGGGUAUGAUGCCGCAGAGACGGGAGCGGCAAAGAUUCAUCCUCAAGGGGCGCAAAGGUUCGGCGUUUUGGCGGGCGUCGAACAAGGGGGGGCUAUGAAUUUUCCAGGUUGAGGUGCUCUAGAGAAGCCGAUUCUCCUCGAUGCCCGGAUGAUGACAUUAUGGACCACUACUUUAUAUCGGUGUUAUUUCCCAGAUCCCCGCAUCAGCCCCGGCGUUCUCGUUUCGUUUUUCGUUUCGUUCGUAAUAGGAAUGCCAGACAUGAUUAGUACCGUACCUAGUCGUUGAGUUCAUAGUAAAAAAACAAAGAAUAGCAAACGGAAUAAAAACGUGUGGUGUUUAAUCAGUCUUUUAUAUUGAUUUUCUGGGAGACUUUAGUUUGUUGAAUAGAAGUAUGAAUAGCAGUAUGG